AUGAAGUACACGGCCGCUCUCUUUGCCCUCCCUCUGGCAUCUGCCUUUGGACUCUCACCUCGUCACGAAGGCCAUGAUCACGACAGCAGCAGCGAACAUAGCAAUGACACCAGCGGAACUGGCCAUGACCACUCCAUGGCUCACGGACAGUUUAACUUUACCCCCUCCGGUAUUCCCUGGCCUACCUGCGCCCGGACCUGCUGCAACGCCAACUUCCAAUACUUCUCCAAGCCCGUGAACCACCCCCUGUGCGGCGCGUACGCUGUUGUUGCAGAGAUCGAGUGUCCUCAGGCGGAGGACUACGAGGUCGACAUUGACAAGGAUGCCGUCGUCUCGGCUCUGAAGAAGGAGGGAGGAAACCCGCAGUCUUGCAGUGGCGUCAACAACGAGACGAUUGAGUGCCAGAACGAAACUACUGAAGGUCGGGGGGCUUUGGCGUAUGGACAGGGCGAUUUGUUGAUCCCUACCUUUACGGUUGCUGGCCUGGCUAUUUUGCUGAGCCUUGGUCUCUAG